AUGGCGAAACUAGGAAAUGAAAAGACGAGGAUAGUUUGUGUGGUGUUCUGCUUCUUCUUGACUUUCGUGUUUGCCAGGGCCACCAGUAACCAUGGUAGAUUCGAUGAGGAACUUGAGGUUGAGAAGCUUUUGGAGAAGUUGAACAAACCAGCUGUUAAGUCAAUUAAGAGUCCUGAUGGUGACAUGAUUGACUGUGUGAAUAUUUUAAAUCAGCCAGCUUUUGAUAAUCCAAAACUGAAAAAUCACAAAGUUCAGAUGAGGCCAACAUUCCAUUCCAGAAAAAGCAAUAUUUCAAACCGAAUUGCUCAAUUGUGGCACCAAAGUGGAAGUUGUCCAAAAGGGACCGUUCCUAUUAGAAGAACAACAAAAGAGGAUAUAUUGAGGGCAGAUUCUAUCCAACAAUUUUGGAAGAAAAUCAAUCAGAGCAUCCCUGAUCUGUUUGGAUCAUCAUCACCUAUAUCUGGCCAUGAGUACGCCAUAGCUGACUUGAGGGGAGACAGGUAUUAUGGAGCCCAGGCAUCUAUAAACAUUUGGAAACCCCAUGUUCAAGAAUCCAAUGAAUUUAGUCUCUCUCAAAUUUGGAUUGUGAAUCGUGAUGAUCCUAAUAAUAAUGUUGAGACCAUUGAAGCUGGUUGGCAGAUCUAUCCAGGAAUAUAUGGGGAUGACAACCCUAGACUUUUUACAUACUGGACAAGUGACUCAUAUCGCAGUACUGGAUGUUAUAACCUUCGUUGCUCUGGCUUUGUUCAAGUUGAUAACACAAUAGCGGUGGAAAGUAGCCUACAAACACUAUCUGUCUAUGGUGGCUCUCAAUAUGAAUUAUCCAUCCUUAUCAGGAAGGAUCAAGGAACUGGAAACUGGUGGAUGCAAGUUGGGAAUAGUAAAAAUAUAGGAUACUGGCCAGCUUCUUUGUUCAAUCGCCUGUCUGAGAGUGCAUCAAAUGUGCAGUGGGGCGGUGAAAUAGUAAACAGAAAAUCUAAUGGGCAACACACCACAACAGAAAUGGGAAGUGGGCAUUUUUCUGAAGAAGGUUUUGGGAAGGCUAGCUAUUUCAAGGAGCUUUCUAUUGUUGAUGCAAAUAAUAAUCUUGUAUCUCCUAAAAGCUUUAACCCUUACAUUUCCAAUCCCACUUGCUACACUGCUACCCCUUAUGGCUAUUCUGAUGAUUCGGGGUGUCUACUUCUACUAUGGCGGUCCUGGAAGAAACCAAAAUUGUCCUUAGCCCUUAUAAUGUAAUCUUGGCGGGUGGCAAAUAUAUGUUGGAAUUAAAAAAUAUGGAGACUUUAUUUAAAAUGUCACAACUAUCUAUUUAUAUCAAGGAAACUAAAGGAACUGUGGCAUGGGUAGAAUUCCCUGGCCUGGUGGAAUAUUGUAUAAGAUAAGGUUUGAUAAAACAAGUCUAUCUUGAUCGAUAAGAUUGAAAU